GUCAGUCAAGAGAUGGCGAAGGACGGAAAUCGUUUUUUUAUUUGAUUGUUAUGUUUAAAGUGUGAAGAAGUUAAUAUUCUUAAUUAAAAAUGAGAAUGUUGAAUAUAAACGGAAUUGUUUUUUAUUUAUAACAUAGAAAAAGUUAUGUUUUUAGUGAAUUCGUUUGUAGGGAAAGAAAAUCAUUGUUGUUAUUUGUUUCAACAAAGCAAGUCUAUGAUUACAAGUAAAUUUUAACAUGAAUUAAUUUACGUGCAUUGUGUCUUAAUUUUAUUUAUUGUGAGAAUUAUUUGUUGUAAUGUAAAUAAAAAAUAUUGUUUGCACGCGCAUGCGUUUUUAUCGAAAACAGACAAAGGUUUUGUGUAGUUUGAAAAUCAGCUGUGUGUGCAAUGACUUAGUGAUACCAAAAGUGUGUGUUUGUAAGCGACAAUGUUUAGUGAAAUUGGAUACACAAUUUUUCUACUACUUGCCCUACCAUACAUAGAAAGCGCAUCCCGCCGUCUCAGCGAAUACGUGGAGCACUACGAGCCACUCGACUACAACGCGGACGAUGUGCACAUACAGCACUUGCGCGCGCGCCGCUCGACGGAGCCGCAGGAGCUGCGUAUUAGCUUCAAAGCGCACGGCCGACGGUUUCACAUGCGGCUGCGGCGCGAUCUGUCCGCGUUCAGUGAGGAUUUUAGGGUCGAAGGCUCUCAAGGACAGCUCCACGACGUGGACACAUCACACAUAUACAAGGGCGAGGUGGUUGGUGACCCCCGUUCCGAGGUGUUCGGUUCGGUGACGGACGGCGUCUUCGAGGGGAAGAUCAUGCUGAGCGACGGCUCCUUCUACGUGGAGCACGCCAAGAGAUACUUCCCCCAGAAUAACACGCGGGGUCGCGUGCAUUCUGUUAUCUAUAAGGAGGGUGACGUCAUCGACCCGUACGCACACAGAAGACACGGUCACGUCGGCGGCUGCGGCGUGACGGACGAGGUGGUGCAAUGGAUGGAGCGCAUCCAGAACUCGGGCGUGGACGACGAGCCGGUCGCUUCGCCCGCGCCCGCUUCGCCCGCGUCCUCCACGCGGACGUAUCACCACGCGUCGUCGCCGGUGCCCUCGCACCCGAACAGUUUGCGGGAUGAUCCGCCGAGGCACUGGGAGCACCACCUCCACAACAAAUACUCACGCGCUGCGAACACGGCGGAGCAUGCGCGAGCGAAGCGAGCGACGGAGUCCAAAGUGAAGAACACGUGUUCGCUGUACAUACAGACAGACCCGCUUAUAUGGAAACAUGUGAGGGAGGGGUUUCCUGAUCACAACGAUCGCAGCAAAAAGAACGAGAUCGACAUGAAGACGCGCGAGGAGAUACUAUCGCUAAUCUCGCACCACGUGACCGCCGUCAACUACAUCUACCGAGACACAAAGUUCGACGGGCGCCGCGAGCAUAGGAACAUACAGUUUGAAGUGCAGAGGAUCAAGAUCGACGACGACUCAGCGUGCAAGAAGCAUCCGUUCGCGACAGAAACGAACCAGUUCUGUUGGGAGAACAUUGACGUGUCGAACUUUCUGAACCUGCACUCGUUGGGCAACCACGAGGACUUCUGCCUUGCGUACAUGUUCACGUAUAGGGACUUUACUGGCGGGACAUUAGGUCUAGCCUGGGUGGCAAGUGCGAGCGGUGCGUCCGGUGGUAUUUGCGAAAAGUACAAAACAUACACAGAAACAACUGGUGGGUUGUACCAAAGCACGAAGAGGUCACUCAACACUGGCAUCAUUACCUUCGUCAAUUACAAUAGCAGAGUGCCGCCCAAGGUCAGCCAGUUAACGUUGGCCCAUGAGAUCGGACAUAACUUUGGGUCGCCGCACGACUACCCGUCCGAGUGCCGUCCGGGCGGACAGCAAGGCAACUACAUAAUGUUCGCCUCAGCGACGUCCGGGGACCGUCCGAACAACAGCCGCUUCUCGGCGUGCUCAGUGAGCAACAUUAGCGGCGUGCUGGAUGCAGUGCGAGAUGGCCGCAAGCGGGACUGUCUCAAGGAGAGCGCUGGGGCCUUCUGCGGGAACAAGAUCGUUGAAGUGGGCGAGGAGUGUGAUUGUGGUUAUGAUGAAAUCGAGUGCAAGGACCGAUGUUGUUACCCGCGACAAGUAAGUCAGUUCGAUCUGGAGCGCAACAUGUCCGCCAAGGGCUGCCAGCGAAGGGCCAAUACACAAUGCAGCCCGUCGCAAGGGCCGUGCUGCCACGCGCAGACGUGCCAGUUCGUGCUGGCGUUCCGCAACCAGACGUGCCGCGAGGCGAGCGAGUGCAGCCACGCGUCCGUGUGCUCGGGCCGCGCGCCCGACUGCCCGCCGCCCCGCGCGCUGCCCGACCACACGCACUGCAACAACGGCACGCAACUCUGCAUAAAGGGCGAGUGUAGCGGCUCGAUCUGCCUGGCGUGGAACAUGAAGGAGUGCUUCCUGUCCUCGUCACCAACGCGUGUGGGUGAUGGAGUUACCGCUGUAGUGGAUCGACGGGCACUGUGUCAACUGGCGUGUCAAACUGGUCCAAGACCAGACUCGUGUAGAAGUACUGCGGAGUUCGCGGCCCAAGUUGGUCUGCCUCCUGGUGGGAUCAGUUUGCGGCCAGGAUCGCCGUGUGAUAACUUCCAGGGCUACUGCGACGUGUUCCUCAAGUGCCGCGCGGUGGACGCGGAGGGCCCGCUGGUGCGGCUCAAGAACCUGCUGCUGAACCGCGACACGCUGCUGAGCCUGCAGGAGUGGGUCGUGGAGAAGUGGUGGGCCGUGCUCAUCGGCGGCGUGGCGCUCGUCGUGCUCAUGGGCGCCUUCGUCAAGUGCUGCGCCGUGCACACGCCCAGCUCCAACCCCAAGCGCCCGCCCGCCAGGCGGCUGUCGGAAACGCUGCGACGGCCGAUGAACACGCUGCGGCGCAUGCGCGGCGCGCACGGCGCGGGCGCGGCGGACGCGCGGCGCGCGGCGGGGGGCCCGCGCCCGGGGCACCGCCGCGCGCGCAACCACAAGGGGUACGCGCCGCCGCUCGCCUACUGCGCACGGGAUGUGGCCCCGGUAGCGGGCGCGGGCCCGAGCCGGCGCGAGCCGUACGCGAACGCGUACCCGCAGGCGUACGAGAUGCGGCCCGCGCACAAGGUCUGACCCGGCCCGCUGCUGCCGCUGCUGCUGCUGCUGCACGCCGCGCACCAACACCGGCAAUAGCGUACAAGUGUACAUGUGUACAAGUGUACAUGUGUACAAGUGUACAAGUGUGCAUGUGUACAAGUGUACAUGCGUACCGCAACCAAUAGCGCGUACAUUGACACACACGCACUUACGCGCUGAAACACCGGCAAUAGCGCGCACGUGUGUACGUGUGGACUGGAGCCAAUAGCGCGUAUUGUGUACUACACACACUAACGCGCGCACCAACACCGGCACUAGCAAGCACAAUACCAGCGCGUACAGUAACACACACACAUACGCCCGUAUCAACACCACAACUAGCGUGCACACAUACGCCCGUAUCAACACCACAACUAGCGUGCACACAUACGCCCGUAUCAACACCACAACUAGCGUGCACACAUACGCGCGUAUCAACACCACAACUAGCGUGCACACAUAGCCAUGCGCAUUACACACACAUACGUACGCACCAGCAUUUCAACCUAGCGCGCACACAAGCACGUGUACGUGAACAGUGCAUUACACACGCAUACGCGCACACACCAACACAUACAACAACACACGCGCCCGUAACUAAGGCUGUAAGACAUAUGUAUCUAUAUACAAGCAGUCCAUUAUACAUACAUACACACGUACAUAAGAACUAACCCUAGCACGCAGUUAAAUUAAUUUGAAUAACGUAUGGAUUCAAUUUCCAGUCAACGUUAACACACACAUUCACAAACACGCAAGAAUCAUCAAAUAAAAAUUUAUCGUGACAACUGUUCGUAUUGAAAUGUAUAAGACAGUCAAAACAUGUAUAUUUAAAGCACACACACAUGUGAAAAUAAAUGUGCGUAAACUAAUCUGUCAACACAUACAUGUAAUAUAAAUUGUUAAUACGUUAUUAAUAGUGUGAUACUGCCACCUCUUUAAAACCUCUAAUUUUCAAACUUAAUAAUAAAAGACAAAAAAGCUAACACAGUAUUGAUACUCAUAUCUGUAAUAUACUCAAAAGAACCGAAAAGUUCUACCAAAAAAUUAAAGUUAUGUCAAAAACAUUCAUUAUCAUCCCAUUAUUAUUCCAACCGCAAAGAAAUCCAUCAAUAGUCGUUUUCCAAAAGAGUAUAGACUUCGAUUCUCAGUGUUGUUGUUUUCUAUAUAAGAAAAAACUAAUUCACUGCCAUUAUACAUCACAUAGAUAAAACAGCGUAAUACAUUUUAUUAAGGCAAGUUUACAUUAAGCCACUUACUGGCGACAUUUGCUCUGUAACAUUGAUUCAUGCGUGUAAUAUUUUUAAAAUAUACAUUAUUAUCAACGUCAUACAAUAUACUUAAUAUCACCAUUUCAUCGCAUUGCACAUUUUAUGUAAUAAUAAUAUAGAUGCAUUUAUUAAAAUAUUACCCGAGACGUUCCAUGAAUAUUGUAUUCGUCAAGUAUUAUAUGUUAUUAUUUAUCGUUUAUAAUUUGCAUUAUUUCAAUGUAUUUCAUACCUCCAUAUAUCAUUGUCAAAUCGUAAAUGAAGCACCGACAUAUUCAUAAAAUCACGAUGUUCCAAGAGCGCGUAAGAUAUUUGAAUAUUAAUAUGUAAAUGAAACUGUUGAUAUAGAUUCAUUAUUGAACAUUUUAAUGUGAUAAAACCCUUUCUCUGACCUUAAAAAAAUUGUUAUUCACCAUUUUUAAGACUUCGACACUUUGAAUCCAAAAACCGUUUCAUUUACACUGUUACACCUUUUUAGCGAACCCAAUUUGAAGAUGUUAAAAAUGUACUAUGAGAAAACGACUGUAUAAAAACUACGCUAAGCUCAAUCAAAACCGCAUCGUGUUCCACAAAAUUAGCUAUUAUUUUUGUACAAGAAAUAGAAAAUUGUCGUUAGUCGGUUGCCGCGUGUACCGACCGGACCUGUGUAUAUUUUUGUAUAUAAGCGACAUAUACAAAUGCGAUGUAAAAAUAUCAUGCAAAUACUAAAUAAUCGUACUGUUAUGAGACUUUUAUAUAAGUGAUCAGUUGUUUUAUUGGAAUCUCCGUAAGUAAUUUUUAUGUCAUUGUUUUAACGUAUGUAGUUGUGACGUGGGGAAGUGUAUAGGUGCCAUUAUAGAGAUUUGUAUUCCAACUUUGUUACGCCUCCUUGUUCGUAAUUAUACAAAAUUGUCUCAAAAUUAUAUCAUUUAUGUAUGGGCUCAAUAAUCCUCAAUCUACGUAUUAAGUAUAUUUUCGUCGAUACGGCCAUAUUGGAGAUGUAAUUAUUAGGGUUGUCUUUGUAUAAAGCUCAAAUUGAAAAUUACCAUCAAUAUUGUUAAGAUGUACCCAAAUUCAAUUUUCAUGUAGAAAAUUAAUAACAAUGAUUAGUCUUCCUAUGGCAAAUAAAUGUAAUGUUUAUAAUUUACUUUAAUUUAGUAGGAGUAAUAUGAAAUUUAAACAGUAUUGCCAAAUGAUCAAAUUUUAUUAGACUGAUGUUUCGAUGUAAAUUGAUUUGUUGGAAAGCGCUGAAGGCGCGCGGUCGCUCAAAAUUGUUCCAUUAGUGAUUCGUCUCGUAUAUUAUGUAUUGCAUAUCAACAUUAAGUUUGUUCGGAUACUCGAUCUGUUGUACAGUUCAGUUCGAUUGAUCUCUAAUACAUAAAUAUUAUUUCGUUCGAACGUAUUACGUAGUAUAACUCCGUCGUGCAAGCCAAAGAGCAUGAUGUAUUUUUUAUUAUUUCUAUACAUUAAUAUUAAGGAUAGUUAUCGUAUAAGUAUACCAUGUUAAUGCCAUUUUAUUAGAGAAUGUCGGUAUAAUACGCAGUCUUGUAAUGUACUAUAAGCCUUGUAUAUUUGUAUGUAACUGUGAGGAGGUCCGUAGAGCGACUCGACCAAUUUGACUCGUGUAUGUCGGUGGUUAGCUAUUGACCAUCGAGUAGUAAUCAAUGGCAUUAUUUCUCCUAAGUAUAAGCUAGUUUACCGUAAUAGAUUAUUUAAACAGACAAUGUGAAUAUUUUUAAUUAACGAGAUAAAUGUUACAACAUGUGAUUUCAAAAUAACAAAAAAUACAAUAAAUUUUACAUGAUCUUA